AUGCGCUCGUUUUCGGACAGCUGUGUGGCACUUAGUGGAGUCUCACGGCGCGCACAAGCACGGCCCGACCUGCAACGGGUGACGAACGAGCACGGCCAGGCGCAGUCUGUUGUGAGCCGAGAGAAAGCCCGACCGUAUGUGACCUUACUUUUCCAGUCGGCGCCAGCUUUCGCCGGCGCCAGCGCCCGCGCCGUCGCCCUCGCCAGCCCCCCACGCGAAGCUGCGCAGAACCGCCAGCGUCAAUUGCCGCGCAACGCCAGCGCCAACGCCAGCGCCAACGCCAGCGCCAACGCCAGCGCCAGCGCCCUCGGGAUACGCUUGACGCCAAGAGUUGUAAAGAUAGAAGAGAACGAAGACUCCAACAGCGAUAGCCCUGGCUCGCAGCUCUUGCAUCGGCGCGGAGAAGACGGCAGACAUUGCAGCACAGACGCGUCAUUGGCGCCGUAUCUCGCGUGGCUGCGGAUAGAGCCACCUGUCGUUCUGGAGCCGGCCUUUUCGCCGCUGUGGCUGCGCUACCAAGCCGUGGUGGAUUACGACCGAACCAUGGUCAGGAUAUCUGCAGGAGCCCACCACUGCACCACGGUCGUGCACUUCGAGCAACGUCAAGGGCUACAGUGGUCGAUGAACACCACCAUCGGCGUGGGGGAGAACAGCAUCGCCAUCCUGACGGUGGACGGCGCGGGCCGGGAGGUGCUGGCCAGCUACCAGCUCAGCAUCAGGCGCGAGGCCCGCACGGCGCGCGAGCCAGCCUGGGACGCCGCUCAGCCGCACCAGGUGUGCGGCCUCCGACAGGUGAUUAUUUGGCACCAGAUCGGCCUGUACGGAGAAUCAUUAUAAACUUCUUGGUGAAGCUUUUGUUGGUGGCAAUAUGGUAUUAUGGAUUUGAUUAUAUCAAGAUGGCGUUUUACAAGGUCAUGAAUUGGGGAUAUGAAUUAUUAAUGUACUGUGUAUUAAAACAACACAAUUAAUUCAUUUUUCAAUUAUUAAUUAUGAUUAAUGUGGAAGAGAAGAAGAAAAUUAUGAUUAUAAAAUCAUAGUGUUCAUUGAAAUGUAAGAAAAUUAUUUAAUUGAAAAAUUGCUCUUUAUAUCUCUCAAAUUAGUAUGUCUGUUUGAACAUUAUGCACAGUUACACAUAUUCUAGAAAAUAUAUUUGCAAAUAGCAUAUCACUUUCUACUUGGUUUGAAAUGUGUUUCAAAUGUGUUUGUACUCAAUGGGGCAAUUAACUUUUUUUUGCUGAGAUAGGCCUUAUAUCUAUUUAAAUAUAUUUCUGAAUUGUUGAUUGUUGUGUUAUAUAAACUGUUGUGCAUCUAAAUAUGUUAUAUUUUUUCUGUUGGUGAUUCAAAAACAUGUGACCGUUAAUGAUGACCUUUAUAUCAGCGUAAAUUAGUUGAAGAAUACAUUUAUAUUCAUGUUAAAUAACAUAUUGGUCCCACUCUAUAAAAUAUAGUUCUUCUUAAUACUUGUGACUCAACACCCAUGUUGAAAUAAAUGCAUUGUUUUCUGU